CGAAAAUUCUUAAAAAAAUGAAAAAUAGAGGCCAAGAAAUAUUCUUAGUUAAAAAAACUAGAAAGACUCUAUCAUCUAUUCAAUUUGCAACUGUAGAAGAAGUUAUACAGUACUAUCUUUACUUACGUGAUUCCAAACCAUACAAACAGUCCAACUUAUCUCAAAAACUUAGUUUGUUGUCUAAACAAAGGUUUUACAUUUACACCGAACUGUCCAGAUUAUGGAGAGAACUGCUGCGUUAUAUCUAAGCUGAAAGUUUCAUAGGAACUUGGUGGAUACAGAACUCGUGACAUAUAAUGCGUUUUACGGAAAAAAGUCGAGGCUGUAGUAAUGAAAUAUAAAAAGCUGCAAUCGCUAAGAAACAGAUCAACACCAUAAGCAAUAAAAGAUAGAGAGAACUUCUUAAUAGAAUCUAAAAGGGUAUUCUGGUAAGGACAUGACAUACAAAUCAUGAUUGAUGAAAUAAAAAUGGAUAGAAAAAGAACUGAAGAAAGUAAAUGUAUGGACAUUAUGUUCUUAAAGAUGCAGAAGAAAAAAAGACAAGGUUGUCUAGGCAUUUCUGAUACCUGCUUCAAAAAGUCUGCAAAAAGAUCUGAAAAAAACAAAUUUAAAAAGGAAUCAUCAGGAAAAAUAUGAGAUUUAGAUACAACUUAUAGCUCAGAAGGUGAUGUUAGUGAUUUUUCUUGAAGCUCAGAAUGCCUCGAGUCUGUUACAAAAGAGUCAAAUGAUGAUUCUCAUAAAGAAGACAAAAGUUUAUUACUGCCUAAAGAUGUUUUAAAGCGUACAGCACUAACUGAUGUAGGAGGAGGUCUUUCUAUCAAUUAGUAUACUGUUAUCAUAAGCAGUGUUAUAGCUUAUGAGGAGGAGAAAUAAAUAAAUUUGUUGUGUCCAAAUCAUCAUCUCUUUGAGCUGUAGAUAAAGUAGUAAAUUCGGAAGCUCAAAAAAUUAGACAGUAUAUAAAAGACUUGACUGACUCCAAAUAUAAGGUGACUUCUGUUCACUUUGACAGGAAAAUAUUUAAAGAAUAUAUAGAUAACGUUUCAGUUACAAGAGAAAGAUUAGCAGUACUAGUGAAAGUGAAUGGAAAAACUGAGCUCCUAGGUAUUCCUCAUAUUGAUUCAGGUUCUGGGGAAAAUCAGUCCAAAGCAGUUUUUAAUCUAUUAGGUUCUUUCCGCCUUAGUGUAUAUGCUUUGAUACUACAGCUUCCAACACUGGAAAGCACCAAGGAGUUAUAACAAGAAUGGCCAAUAAGCUAGGAAGGCCACUACUUUUUCUUGCCUGUAGACAUCAUAUAUUGGAAAGACAUAUUACCCACUUUAACAAGAUAUAUCCCAGCAGUAAAACGUCUGGUCCAGAAAACCAGCUCUUUAAACACCUGAAAUCUGUCUGGAGUGAUCUUGAAAAAGACAUUGUUACAUUAAAGAGGAUUGAAACUCCAAAUGGAACUUGGAUAAAUAAACAACAUCUUGAGGCUGAAAAAUUCUACAGAGAUGUAAUAGAUGACAGGAUCUACAAAAAGGAUGGUAAAUCAAGAAAGGAUUAUCAAGAGUUAGCGGAACUAUCUUUGAUGGUAGUUUCUCAAAAAGAUAGGUUAAAAUUUCGUAUUCCUGGUCCAAUACAUCAUGCAAGAUUCAUAUCAAAAGCGUUGUAUUAUCUCAAAAUGUAUUUACUAUUGGAAGCUAUUCCAAGUUUAUCAGAAGAAAAUAAAGAGGAAAUUUGUGAAAUGGCUAUAUUUGUCAUUUAACUUUUUCAAAAAAAUAUAUGUUCUAAAAGAACAUAUAUUUAUCUAGAGUACAGUCCAUUAAUUACAUCAACAAACUUUUGGCAAUUUUUACAUUACCCCUUCCCCCAUGUCAACAAUUUGUUAAAUUUCCAGAGACACUUCCUUCCCCUAAAUAAAGACUCUGCGCAAAAUUUUUUUUUUUUGAGUAAUGAAAUUAAAAAAAAUAAAGCAAAAUUGUUGAUGCCAACUUUACUUGACCUCCUCCUCUCACCCUUAGCAAAAAUUUUCAAAAAAAUUUAGACACCCCCUUCCUUAUUUUUUUGACGUUAUUAAUGGACAGCCCGUAGACGAAAAAAUUGAUAUAUUAAGAACGCUAGGUAGAACACUUUUAUUUACAGUUGUAAGUUAUAGUUACAUUUAUUGUACUUCCAGCAUGACACCACGCAUGGAGGAAAGCAAGUGGUAUCAGCUCUUGAUAUUUUCUGUUGAGUAUUCAGUAGUACUUGUAGAUCCAAUUCCAGAUGAGGAUCAGUUGAAUUUUGAUCCUGAUAACCCUCACCUUUGGGGAACAUCUGUUCCAGCUGUAUGCGCUUUAAUGACAUCAAAAUCCGAGGCUCUAUACAAGCUUGUUUUUUCCAAAAUAAAAGAAGUUUUAAAUUCCCUCCAGUCACCAUUAUGUCAGAUUUUGAACGAGGACUACAAAAUGAUUUAAAAACAACUUGGAGUAAAAGCUUGGUGAAUGA